AUGACAAAAAUGAGUGAAAAAUAUGGGAAUGGAGUGGUAAAGAGGAUGUCACUCUUCCGACCUAUUUGCCUCCCUGUAGAAAAACAAUAUCUUGGUUCAGAAGAACUUAAUAAUGAAAUCACAUUGUCAAAGCACACAAAAAUAUGCCACCAGGGCAAAUUCACAGCUUCUGGGUGUUUUGUGCCCCAUCACUACAGCUGUCACAGGGAAACGUGUUUUCAAGGAAGAGGCAUGAAUGGGACAGCCAUUGAAAAUUUUGUCUGCCUCAUUUUUAAUGUAUCCUUCAUGAACUGCAGUUGGCACGCGAACAAGACUUCUUCAGGAGAUAUCCAAUAUUUCUUAUAUUGGAAGACCUCAAGGAAAGAAGAUUUCACAGAAUGCCAAAAUUACAUCAAAGAUGGUUGUGGAAGGAACACAGGAUGUAGAUUCCAGAAUGUGACAAUUGAAAACAAGAAAGCUUAUUUCCUGCUUAAUGUGUCUAGAAGUGGACAAAACAUUCAGUCCUAUAAGAAGACAAUUAUUCUACAUGAAAUCGAAAAACUCACUCCUCCAUUAAAUGUCACUGUGCACUGUACAAAAGAUUCACAUGGUUGUGAAAUUUGGUGGCAGCCACCUCGCACAAGUCAUGUGAAAAGACAUGCUUGCUUCAAAUAUGAAGUCGUCAUAGAAAACAAGGUUGAUCACGAGAAAAACAUCAAAACCGCUUCUGAAAUAGAAAGAAGAAUCACAGAAAAAUCCUGUGUAUUUGGGAGCUUCAGUGCAGAAAAAAGGUACAGAGUCAAAAUCAGAGCAACUGACAAUGGUUGCUUAGUGAGCACGAGCUGGGGAGAGUGGAGUACACCCAUAGAGUUUGGAAAAGAACAACUUACAUCUAGUAUAUCAUAUAUGAUAUUUCUGGUACCACUUCUGACGGCAAGUCUUGUACUUUUUCUCUGCACAGUAAGCAUUUACUUGAAAAAAACUUCUGCUACAGUACCACAGCCAAGAAACCUGUUCCAUGAACUCUCUCCAGUGGAUUUCCAGACAGAAUAUAAGAAUCAACUAAUAAAACAUGAAACUGAAGAAAUAACAAUUAUUGAAGAAGUGGCAUAGUGGCAUGCAAGUAAAAUGAGCAACUUGAUUUUAUUCAGACAUAUAUAUCUUAUUGGCAGCAAUUUACAGGUUUUCCAUAUUCUUUCCCUCUUGCAAGCACAGACAAUAGUGU